CUGGUCCAACGUGAGUGAUGAAGAAUGACAUCCUUGGAACAGAAGAUCUUCUUGUGGAAGCCACUGCCAAUGAUGCCGUGAGAUUUUAUCCUUGGACCAUUGAUAAUAAGUACUAUUCAGCCGACAUCAAUCUAUGUGUAGUGCCGAACAAGUUUCUUGUCACUGCAGAGAUUGCAGAGUCUGUCCAAGCAUUUGUGGUUUACUUUGACAGCACACAAAAAUCUGGUCUUGAUAGUGUCUCCUCAUGGCUUCCCCUGGCAGAAGCAUGGUUACCUGAGGUGAUGAUCUUGGUCUGCGAUAGAGUGUCUGAGGAUGGGGUAAACCGACAAAAAGCUCAAGAAUGGUGUAUAAAACAUGGCUUUGAACUGGUAGAACUUAGUCCGGAAGAGUUACCUGAGGAGGAUGAUGACUUCCCAGAAUCUACAGGAGUAAAGCGAAUUGUUCAAGCCUUGAAUGCCAAUGUCUGGUCCAACGUAGUGAUGAAGAAUGAUAGGAACCAAGGCUUUGGCCUUCUCAGCUCAUUGGCUGGAGCAAACCAUAGCAUUGGAUCAGCAGACCCGUGUCACUCAGAGCAGCCCCGUUUGCCAGCAGCAGAUAGGACUGAAUCCCUCCUGGAUCGUCGGAGUGGUGCAGCUAAUACAGCAGAUGCUCAGGUCGAUAGCAUUGUGGAUCCUAUGUUAGAUCUGGAUAUUCAAGAAUUAGCCAGUCUUACUACGGGCGGAGGAGAUUUGGAGAAUUUUGAAAGACUGUUUUCAAAGUUAAAGGAAAUGAAAGACAAGGCUGCGACACUUCCUCACGAGCAGAGAAAGUUGCAUGCAGAAAAGGUUGCCAAAGCCUUCUGGAUGGCAAUUGGGGGAGACAGAGAUGAAAUCGAAGGCCUUUCAUCUGAUGAAGAACACUAAAUUACUCCUACUAGGGUUUGACUAACAAAGAUGCUAACUCGCACUACCUGAGAUACUUUCCUGUCAACCCCGUUACGUUUUGCUGAACUUUCCAUUAUCCUGUUGGCUACCUGAUUUGUUCAUAGGAUCCUCUUAAUUUUAGUUUUUAGUAGAGGGUUAAGGAGAAAGUUUUUCUCCCUCGGGAUAUUGUAAAGGAGUGAGGAGUAUAAUGACAGUAAGGACUGAUAAUUUUUCAGAUAUGCUUUUUUGUUCUAGGAAUGGAAGGGAAUGAGAGGCUCAGAGGUUGUGUGUGAUUUGCCCAAGUUAAAGAAGAAGCCACUCUUAGUCAGCUUUUCUGGUGCAUGCCCUGUGGUCACACUUGAGGAUGCACAUCAGGAGCUUGUGCCACCUUUCCUGGGUGUUCUGGAUUUUCUGCUUCUGAGGAGCUUGCUGCUCUGAGCUUUGAUGCUUUUGCAUCAAAAGAAAGGAAGCAGCUGCAGAUUCAAUUUGUGCUAUAGUACAGGUGGGGCCAGUGGCAGUGGCCCUCAGGUUAAUAUCUAGCUAAAAAGUUGCUCUGGGCAUUUCAAUUAAAGUAUAGUGUCUGAGCUCAUGCUAGAAAGUAUUGAGGAGCCAGUGUAACAUUUUAGACUAUAAUAAAUGAGGCAAAGGUUUCCUACUCUGGUAGGGAUAAAACAGAUCCCUUUACAAAGUUGGGGGGUGAGGAGGGUGGGUGCGGUUUGCAUGUGUGUAAGAGACAGAGAGGAACUUAAGUAAUUCCCUAUAAUGGGCUGUUGAAACAGUCUGUGAUCACACACGGAAGUUUUGGCAUUGCCUUUAUCAUGAAUAAACUCUUCUUCCUUAGAGUUUUCUUGAGAUGUCAGAGCUGUGUUGUCACACUUUAUACCCUCCUCUCUGAAAGACAGACCACUGCCUAAUAGUAAUACUAAAGAGUGAGUAAGGUAGAAAAGGAUGUGAAAACAUUAGGCAGUGAGUCCCUGAGUACCUUCUGUUACUUCCUGGGCUGAGUGGGUCAGCCCCUGGGGAACUGACCACCAAAGGGAAAGUUUCCAAAGGAAGAGUUGGAAAUACAGCAAAUAACCCAUCACUGUGGUGGCCGCUGCAUGGCUCUAAAUGGCACAGGGUCCCAGAGCUGGGUGGUGCUGGCACCGGGGCUGAGCACUACUUCUUGGUCUAGUGUGCUCACUAGCAGAAACAACUUUCAGAUCCCUGUGCUCCAUCUUCCAAGCACUGGGACGUGAGGCAGAAGCAGAAGGAACGGAGGGUUCACGGUGCCAGGCCAGGGCGACCACAGGAGCAAAGGUUGCAGUGAUUGGAGCAUUCAGGAAGAGCCAUUUCAGGGAACUUUGGUGGCUGUCUUGCUUGGUGACUUUUUUUUAUUUACUAUUCUGAAGGAUUAUUCACCAUUCCAUCAGUGUUUCUUUGAGAUGACUGGAUCAGCCAUUCAUUAGGAAUAUAAGGAAAGUUAGCUCCUUGCUGCAAAAUAAAAGGUGGAACAUGUUUUUCUUAAAAUAUGAGAGGUUUUAGAAAAUACAUUAGGAUCAUUGGUUAGAGAAAACAGACGAAAAAAAAAGCUGUGAACUUGAACUUGAUUUUGUGGCUUAAACCAAGCCAGAUGAUUAAAAUGUGAUUUGUAUAUAAAA